AUGCUUCGGUAUAGUUUUGUCCCAUUUACAGCAAAUCAAUGGACUAGGCUAUUUCGUCAAGCUUCCACAUUCAGUGGAUCAGGCUUAACGUCUGAAAAAUUCAUGAAAAAUCCACAAAAUGAACCGGUUCUGGUAUAUCAAAAGGGUAGUACGGAAAGGAUAGCUCUUGAGAAAGCGAUGUCAGAGAUAGCCGGUACAAUUACAAAUGUCCCGCUAGUGAUCGGAAAUGAGAAGAUUUUAAAAAAUCUUGAUAAAAAACAAGUUAUGCCUUCAGAUCAUCAGAAAAUUAUUGCACGAUUUGCACAUGCAACUACAGAACAGAUUAAAGAAGCAAUUCGAGUUGGACUAAAUGCCAAACAAAACUGGGAACGUAAAUCGUUAAGAGAACGAGCAGAUGUCUUCCUACAUGCGGCUGAUUUAUGUGCUGGAAAAUAUCGUAUGAAGCUCAAUGCUGCUACAAUGCUUGGGCAGGGAAAAAAUAUCGUACAAGCUGAAAUUGAUUCAGCCUGUGAAUUGGUCGAUUUCCUCAGAUUUAAUGCUAUGUUUGCCUUGCAGUUGGAAAAAUAUCAGCCAAUUUCACUGAAAAAUGUCACAAAUACAAUGAUUCUUAGGAGUCUAGAAGGAUUUAUUGCUGCUAUUGCUCCAUUCAAUUUCACAGCAAUUGGUGGUAAUUUGGCUACAGCACCAGCUAUGAUGGGUAAUGCUGUGUUGUGGAAACCAUCAUGUACUGCUGUAUUGAGUAAUUAUUUCAUUUACGAAGCUUUAGAGGAAGCUGGUCUUCCGGCUGGAGUUAUAUCAUUUCUGCCAUCCGACGGUCCCAUUUUUGGUGAUAUUAUCACUUCUUCUCCCUAUCUUUCUGCUAUUAAUUUCACCGGAUCUAUGCCAACAUUCAAGUAUUUGUGGAAGAAAGUUGCCGAAAAUUUGGACACUUACGUUUCAUUUCCAAGGCUAAUUGGAGAAUGCGGCGGUAAAAACUUUCAUUUCAUUCAUCCAUCGGCUGAUUUGGACACUGUGGCACCAUGUACAAUUCGUUCUGCAUACGAAUAUCAAGGACAAAAAUGUAGUGCUUGUUCACGAAUUUACGUACCUGAAAGUUUGUGGCCAACCUUACAAGCAAAGCUUGGAGCUAUACAAAAAGAACUUAAAGUUGGAGAUGUACGUGAUGGCUCAAUUUUCAUGACAGCGGUUAUCAAUGCAAAAGCUUUCAAAUCUAUUAGGUCAUAUAUUGAUUAUGCUAAAACAGGUGCGGAUGGAGCGAAGAUCAUUUUUGGUGGAACAUAUGAUGACACUAAGGGGUAUUUCAUUCAACCAACUCUCGUACAAGUUGAUAAAUGGGACUCCAAAUUACUUAGAGAGGAAAUUUUUGGACCUGUAUUAACUGCAUAUGUGUAUAAAGAUAGUGAAGCAUUAGAGAUUGUAAAGAAAGUAAAAGACUCAACAGUUUUUGGUCUCACCGGAGCUGUAUUUUCAGAGGACAGGGAAUUUCUCCACAAGUCUCGUGACAUACUUCGAGAUGCUGUCGGGAAUAUGUAUUUGAAUGAUAAGUCCACCGGUUCUAUAGUUGGGCAGCAACCUUUUGGUGGAGCACGAAUGAGCGGAACGAACGAUAAAGCUGGUGGGCCGCAUUAUGUUUUACGAUGGGUAUCUCCGCUUUGUAUCAAAGAAACAUCGAUUCCUCAAACAGAAUGGAAAUAUCCAUCAAUGGAUUGA